AAUAUAAAUUUUUAAAAUACAUAUGCGCAUUUGCAUACGCUAUAUUUUUGUGUUUUAAAAUUAGCGGACAGAAGUUACUAGAUUACAGUUGGCAGUAGUUGCACAUGCGCGCAAACACAAUCAAGGUUGCCGAGAUUCAGGUUAACUGAUCGCAAAAUAAUUCACGUUUCAAAGUUGUCAAGGUACAAGAAAUCACAUACGUAGUAUUAUUCCAUUUAAAUAAAUAAAACAACGACGAAGGCAACAUAAUUUCUGUUAAAAGCACAUGAUCACGCGGUACAAAAGCUGUUACACGUAUUUAGUUGUCACGCGUGAAAUGUCGAGACAACGGUCUGCGAAACGUGAGACGACACGAAGGGUGCCGACUACCGAUACUCAAUCUAUGGAAUCUGUAGCCUUAGAUAAAAACGGACAUGUAGCGAUUAAAAUUCAGGCUAAACCUGGAGCAAAGUGUAAUAAUAUAACUGAUAUUUCUAACGAAGCUGUAAGCAUUGCAAUCUCCGCUCCACCAACGGAAGGCGAAGCAAAUGCUGAACUCGUUAAAUAUUUAGCUUCAGUCUUGGGAUUGAGAAAAUCUGAUGUGUCUUUGGAUCGAGGCUCCCGAAGUCGACAGAAGGUAGUUGUAGUAACAGGAACUUCAGCAGAGCAGGUUUUAAUGAAGUUGAGAGCAGAGAUGGAAAAUUAGAGCUUUUCUUUAUUAUAUAAAAAAUGUUUUAAAUCAUUAAUAUAAUCUCAAUUUGUAUAUGUAUAAUUUUUCAUUAUAAAUAUAUUUUGCAUUUGCCGCAUUUCUAUAUUAUUUACUUUUUCUGUAUAUGUCUGUCAAAGUCAGUUAUUUUAUACAAUAUUAUACAAUUUAUACAUUUGUGUUUCUUGUGAAGAUAAUUAUGGCAUUAUUGUUCACAUGCAUAUUACACAUAGAAUUUCGUCAAUAUUGAUAAAAUUUAAUGUAUAUAUUAAAAUUUAUCCCAAUAAAACUACGUACUAUAU